AAAAUAAAACUGAAGUCGCACUGGGCAAAACAGAGGAAAUACCGUGGUCACGUAUUUGCAUAGCUGCCGGAGGGUUUUCUUUGCUCAAGACAAGAUGUGCGCAGUUAUUUGCCCAGAGCUGGACUGACUGUCAUUGCUUGUCUUUACAGUAUGGCUCAGUGGGAAAAGAUGCAGCAGCUGCCUGCGAUGCACACUCAGAGGCUCCAUGGCCUCUAUGACAGAGAUCAUUUACCCAUGGAUGUGCGUCACUACCUCGCUGCCUGGAUUGAGAUGCAGGAUUGGCAACGGGCGGCUCGGGAUUUGAACCUUGCCAGCGUGCUGUUCCAAGGCCUGCUUGAGAACCUGGACAUUCAGCACAGUCGCUUUGUGCAAGACAAGUCAUUUGUCAUGCAGCACAACAUUAGGCGCCAUAAACAAAGUCUUCAGGUCUAUCAAGAGGACCCUUGUACCUUGGCAGGCACAAUAUUUUGGUUCCUGGAGCAAGAAAAGGAUAUUUUGAGGUCUGCUGAGCUGCCGGAUCAGAUCCAGAUGAUGCUUGUGUGCCAUGAUGGUGUUGGGACGAGCUCCCAGCAGGACCUGGAACGUAAACUGUCGGCUCUUAAAAAUGAUGUUCAGUGUAUGGACCACACAAUGAAUUGCCUGGAGGACCAGCAAGAUGAAUUUGAUUUCAAAUAUCAAACACACUUGAUGGAAGUGGGUCUAGAUGAGAAGGAGAAAACCCGCCAACAAGAUAUCCUUAAAUCACUCAUCAACAAGCUGAAUGAGUGCAGAAAGAGAACAUUGGCAGACCUGAGUAAGCUCUUGGAUAAGGCUGAGGACCUGAUCAAGAUGUUGGUGACCACUGAGCUGGUGGACUGGCAGCGUAGGCAGCAGAAAGCUUGCAUCGGAGCCCCAGAGAAUGUUUGUCUGGAUCAAAUGGAGAAGUGGUUCACUUCUUUGGCAGUUUGUCUGUUCCAGGUCCGUGGGUUCCUGGGUAAGCUGGAUGAGCUGAAGGGGAAGGUCACCUACACUAAUGACCCUAUCGUAGCCAGGAAACCUGGUCUGCUAAGGAAAACAGAGAAACUUCUUCGAGCAGUCAUCAAAAGCUCCUUCGUGGUAGAGACACAGCCGUCCAUGCCUCAGGGGAAAGGGCCUCUGGUCCUCCGCACCAACGUUCAGUUUUCUGUGAAGGCCAGACUGCUUGUGAAGAUUCCCGAGCUUAAUCAGAUCAUGAAAGUGGAAGCCUCCAUGGACAGGGGGGCCCCGAAAACAAAAGGAUAUCGUCAUUUUAAUGUUCUUGGGACCAGAACCAAAACCCUGAGCAUAGCAGAGAUGCAGUGCGGAGGCAUGGUGGCCGACUUCAGACAUCUAAACCUGAAGGAGCAGAAGUCCAGUGGCGGUGGCAAAGGAACGGGUGAAAUUUCUCUCAGCGUCACAGAGGAGCUGCACAUCCUCUACUUCAACACUGUGUUCCAGUACAAAGACUUUUCUGUCGAUUUGGAGGCGACCUCCCUCCCAGUGGUCAUCAUCUCCAAUGCCAGCCAGCAGCAGAAUGCAUGGGCCUCCAUCCUCUGGUUCAACAUGCUGAGCCAGGACACCAAAGACAUCCUCUUUUUUGCAAACUGUCCUCCUGCACCAUGGCAACAGUUUGCCGAGAUGCUGAGCUGGCAGUUCCUCUCUGCAACCAAACGUGGCCUUGAUGAAACUCAACUUGAAAUGAUAGCGAUAAAAAUAUUUGGAAAACAGUCCAACCCUAACAACUGCAGUGUUAGUUGGUCCAAAUUCUGCAAGGAAAACAUCCCAGAAACUUUUUUUGUGUGGUUUGAUGGCAUCUUGGUGAUGGUGAAAGAGUUCCUUGAACACCUUUGGAGUGACGGACUCAUCAUGGGUUUCGUGAGCAAAGAAUCAGAGCGAGUGCUGCUCAAGGACAAAGUGAAAGGCACCUUCCUGCUUCGCUUCAGUGAAAGUGUCAUCGGAGGAGUCACCUUCUCCUGGCUGGAUCGGAAUUUUAAUGGGCUCCCUGAGGUGAAGACAGUCCAGCCGUUCACCAAAAAUGAUCUGAAACAGAUCCCAUUCCAGGAGAUCCUCAGGAACUUCCAGUUUCAAGAGGUUGACAAUGUUCCGGAAAAUCCGCUUCUUUAUUUAUACCCAGAUAUUCCGAAAGACGAUGUGUUUGGAAAGUUCUACUCAGAAAAGACUGGAGAUGACAGCCCUUACAUCAAAUACAUCAAAACCAAGCUGAUGUUUGUUUCAAAGGAGAACUCAUCGGAGGCCAUGUCACCCAUGUCCUCUGACAUGAUAGAGGGUGAAGGCCUAUCGCCAUUCAAUGGCCCAUUUGAGGAGGCAGCUGGACAAGGUCAAGGUACUCCUGAUUUCUCCGGCGUGACAUACAAUCCUGACCCCAUGCUCGCCACCGGUUGGACCACAGAUGAUGAUGCCGUGAUUUAUCCUUCCAUUCUACCCGACUUUGCAGAUGUUGAUACCUUCAAUGAGGAGCCAUUGACAAUACCUCAAAUCAGUAUCGAAGAACUGUGUCAAAACAUGCUUGAUGGUGUGAGUUGUUCAUUGUAGCUAAACUAUCAGAUUCAUUCAGGGACACUAUUUUCUUUAAUCUUGGUCAUGGUUGUAAAAAGCUAAAGCUGUAAUCAGCCUGUGGCGGGGUCAAUAUUUGAUGCUUACAUUUGCAUCGGCUUUUUGUUUGGGUUUAGAUAUUUAAAAUGAAUUUCAAAUGUCUGGGACAUGACAUCAAACUGAUGACGUGGGAUUUUUUUCCUUGGCAAGAAAGGUGAAAGUGGCCACUCUGUGUCAUAAAAAUGUGUGUAAUAAUAAUAAAAAUAUGUUAUCAGUGUAAUAAAAAACAUUUCAUUGCAGCCUUUGUAUUGCUCAGUUUACUGUCAGUUCCCAUGAGUGAUGGAUGACAGUUGUUUAUCAACAAAUAAAAAGGCAUUU